AUGGUCGUUCAACCUAAACCACAUAGAGAUCAGUUUUGCUUUCGUCUUCUACAAUCGGAUGAUAUCACAACGGCAACUAAAUCUGACGAAGUAUCUACUUCAAAUCUUCCAGAUCCUAAACCAACGCCGCCCUUAUCAGCAACAGCAUCGUUAGAAUGUGUAACACCACCACAGACGCCUACACCAGUGACCAGUGCUGAAAAAUCUCAAGCAGCAGCAACAGCGGCAGCGGUAGCCGCAGCAAAUCAACGAUUACGCUAUGAUCGAAAUGAACUUUUACGUAUUCGCGAUAGUUCAGGCACAUUUCCCAUUCCUCAACUUCCAGAUCUUGAUAUUGUUCUUAAACAACGUGAUAGUGCUCGUUCAUCACAUCUAUCAUACACAGGUACCAAUAGUCAAGGACGUAUCAAUCCUAACAUGCAUCGGCAACUAUCGGGAACUAAUCAUCCAUCAUUAACACGUUAUUCAAAUAAUCAAUCGAAUAGUGCCAGUGAUUCCAGACGUGGCAAACCGGGAAUUUAUCUAGCGAACGAGCCUGAUUUUAGUAAUCGGGUUGAAAAUCCUUAUAAACCAAUUGAUCAAAGCAAAAUCGAUGCAAGUAACAAAGUUCUACGUGAUGUGAAAGCUAUUCUGAAUAAAGUAACACCACAAACUUACGACAAGUUACAGAAACAAUUGGAAUCAUUAGAGAUCGAUCGUUAUGAACGAUUAGAAGGAAUGAUCAAUAUAUUUUUCUCAAAAGCAGUCGAUGAACCAGCAUUUAGUUUUCUAUAUGCCAAAUUGUGUAAACAAUUUCAAAAAAAACAAGUAACCGUACCGGGUGAAGAUGGCAAAACAGUAACACAUUAUUUUCGUCAAAUUUUAUUAACCCGUUGUCAAAAAGAGUUCGAAAAUGAUUAUAGACAAGAAAUUGAAUAUGAAAAACGCAAAAGUGAAGUCGAAGCAAUCGCCGAUGAGAAGAAGCGUAAAGAAGAAAAUGAAAAAUUAGAGGAAGAUCUCGUAAAAGCAAAACGAAGAAAAUUAGGAAAUAUUUUUUUUAUUGGUGAAUUAUUCAAAUUACAAAUGUUAACUGAUACGAUUAUGUAUGACUGCAUUGAAUAUUUACUUCGUGAUAAAGCUGAUGAGGAAGCUUUGGAAUGUUUGUGCCGUCUGUUACGUACCAUUGGCAAAGAACUUGAUGUGAAAGCCAGUGAAAAAGCUAUUAACAAAUCAAAUUUGGAAAAACAUUAUCGUGAACUAGAUAAUAUUGUGAAAGAACACAAAACAUCAGCACGUAUUCGUUUUAUGAUCCAAGAUCUGGUCGAAUUGAGACAAGCGCACUGGGUCGCUCGACGUGCCGAAGCUAAGCCGACAACGAUCGAUGAAAUUCACGAACAAGAACGUGUUAAACGCGAACAACAAGAACGUGAGCAAGAACGUGAACGACAACAACGACGCGAUCAAAACCGUGGUACAGCUAUCGGUAGCGCCUACACUGGAGGUAAUUCACAACAGUACAACGAUAGCCGUGGUAGCCGCGGUAGUGGUAUCAAACAACAAUCAAGUAGAAAUGACGAAGACCGAGUCGACAAUCGCUUUAAUGUUAAUUCACUAAGACAGUUACAAACAACAGAUAAACAAAGUCGUGGACCAUUGUCGAUCAAUUUAGCACCACAACGAACAUGGGCCAAAGGAUCCGGUAUUGAAAAGAAACCCGAAGAAGAUCGUUCCUUUGCCGGACGUGCUGGCAAACCACCAGCUGGUCCUGUCGCGCAAAUCAAAGGUAAAGCUGGUUCAUCUCAAGGUGGUUCAUCUUAUCCUCUUCAACGACAAUCAUCACGGGAAUUAGCACGUGAAAACAGUCAUCGUGAUCGUGAAAAUGCUUUACAAUCAUUACGCAAAACCACCACUGGAAGUGGUAUUAAUAGUCCAGUGAAUGUUGCGGGCAGUUCGUCCAUGGCGAAUUCACGCGAAGGUUCACGUAAUGUUAGCCGUGAACAGUCGCGUAAUGCUUCACGAGAAUCUAGUGUUAGUGAACGAGCAUCAAAUGCUGGUUUAUCUACUCAGAUAAGUAAAUCCUCGACGACAGAUUCUUCGACUGUUAUCAAUCCAGACCCAUCGAAUAUAACAUUCGAUGAAGAAAAAACUCAAGCACGCGUACAUUCACUUAUCGAAGAAUAUACUGAAAACUAUUCGGAAACAACUGAUCGACCUGUUAAAGAAGCUUUGGAAGAUUUGAAUGCUUUCUGUACAGCAAGCCAAGAUCAACAAGCACUCAUUGUUCGAGAAUUGUUUGUUAAUGUCCUCGAGGCUAAAGCACGUGCUCGUAAAGCUGUUGGACAUUUACUUGACGCUGCACUCAAUGACACUAUCUUAUUGCCAAAUUCUUUCAUUUCCGGUUUUAAAAUGGUUGUUGAAGUCGUCCCAGAUUAUGCAGUUGACAUUCCUCUAAUUUGGCAAUAUAUUGGUGAAAUAAUUGGUGCAUUCAUUGGUGCUCCAUCUUCGAACAUGCCACUACUGAAGACAAUUUUACAAUGCGUUCCCCAAGAUAAAUCGAAGCAAUUAUUUCAAUAUGUUAUCAAAUAUGCAACUGAAUUCUCGUCUCGAUCACGUAUCCAAAAGUUUUGGCAAUCAUCCGGUUUUUCUCUUCAAGACUUUGUUGAUGCUGCAACUCUGAACGACUAUGAUUGGCUAUCCGAUGCACCUGAAAGUGAACCUUCAACGCCACAAUCAAAAGAAAGCCUUUCACCACGUGCUGAUCCUCAGCUUGUUAAAUUAUUCAAAUCUGUUAACGAUCAAGGAACUACUGUAACUGAUUCAGAAAUCAUCACAUACAUCCGUGAACAUAUGGAUUCAAAUGAGAAAUUCUACAUUCGAAACAUUGUUCUAUCCUAUUUGGAAGCAUGUUUAAUCAAUCGCGAUCCACAGAAGAAGAUCCAAGAAGACAUCGCAAAAAAACGAAUGACAAUACUCAAUACGAUCAUUGAACAUAAACCCGAAGCUGAAAUUCAAGCUGUGUAUGCGAUUCAGAAUUUUGUUAACAAACUCGAACAUCCACCAAAAAUGGCUCGACUACUAUUUGACAUAUUUUACGAUGAAGAAUGUGUAAGUGAAGAUGCAUUUUUUGAAUGGCUGAAACAUCCGGAUCAAUCGGAGACUGAAGGACAUGCUGUUGUUGAAAUGUCGACAAAAGACUUUUUUACUUGGCUGCAGCAAGCUGAAACCGAAGUUGAAGAAGGCGAAGAAGAAGAAAGUUAA